AAUGAGGGGUUGCUGGGGGAGAGAGUAAUUGCGAUGAUACCUUCCGCUUGCAGGGGGAUGGCGUCCCCCAUGUAUGCAAUGCAUGCAGACAUUGCGAAGAGGUCUUGCCACCAUUUGAACAGGCGAGGCUAUCCGGUGCAUAAUGAGAUUAUCCGAUGGAGGGGGACUGCCGAGGGUAGACAUCAUCUAAGCGGAGGGGACAGGACCCUAUGCUACGCUAUUACACGAGUUGGGGAGCCAAUUGCAUGCAUUGUAAAACGCCCACGUUGUUGAUCUCACCGCAAAAGCCAGUUCCCCUUCCAUUGCUACGACCAUUUUCGCGGAGCUCCAUUGUGACGUUGCGUCUGUGGAAAACUGGGGUAUCGAUGCAACCUGCGCGCAACAACGGAAAGAGGAUGAUGGGCAGGCACUAGCGGAAAAGAGAACUACAGCAUUCUGCUACUGAGAACAGAGGGUGCAGCGGGGAUGCAGCGGGAAUAACAUGCAAUGGGGGAAGGCUUCGCAGCUGGCGGGCACCUGGCGACUGUCCCGCACGGCGGCACAUAGCCUCUCAAACUUUUGCAGUAUCGCAGAUUCCAGGGGUUUUAACAAGCAAACUUUAGGUAUCUCUGAAGAAGUACGAACAAACCCUGAUAUUCAGUGGGGAUUUGCUACUAUUUAUGGGCGGUUGCCUAGGUCCACAGCCUUGUGCGCUCACUCAGCAAGGCGAACUAGUGCGCAAUGAAAAGGAAUAAAAAUCACGAUGCGUCUCUUACAUUUGGAUCGUGUGGAAUUGGUUUCCAGUUCGGUCUAGGAUACACAAUGGCGACGAGUAGGCAGGAUGAAUUACAAACAACUGAAGCUGGUCCUUCUGGGCAAGCAGUAUCACGACCAGAGACAGUCGCAGCACUUACAGAGCAGCGCCAGCCACCGCAAUGGAAACCAAUUAGGCGGUUAAACGACAAGGAAGAGAAACUGCCGCGUUCACGGAGGCUCCGAUUCAUUAUAAUACUGCGAGUGGUUUUCUUGCUUGUCAGCGUAGGGCUUCUUAUAGUAUCCACGGUGGCAUGGCUCAAAGGCAUCCUGAUUGAAGUCCGCCCCAUCUGGAAUGCAUAUGCCGACGGCGUCUUGAAGAGUCUAAUCACAGCAUCGAUAGCGGUUGCAGCAGAUUGUCUGUAUUUAUCCCUGUUCCAUGGUACCAACCUUGGCUGGCAGACCGCCAUACUUGGCUUUGCAUCUGAUAUUGGAGCGAUUGUCGUUGGUGCACUCGCCAUUGUGGUCUACGCAGGGGAUAUAAACCAGUUUCUGUACUCAUCGUCAGACGAUACAAACCAAGUUAACCUCGCGGUGCUUGAGUUUACUGUUUCCGUCAUGUAUGUCUAUGUUGCCUCUCUCCUUUCCGUCGACUACGACAAGACUGUGCUAAUGUUUAACAAGCAUCUUACGAUCAAUACCAAUGGCUGUCGCCGUAUGGGCCGUCAUUGUGUCGAUAAAAAGGAUGGACAAGCACCUAGACUACUUAAACGAAAAGGCUGUGAAAAAGUGGCAGCGGAAGCAAGCAGCAGGAGAACCUCGGCAACGCAACCACCCACGCCAAGGCAACCUGCUUGAAUAUUAUGCACCACCAGCCGCAGGACAUGGCGAUACCAAUGCCGGUGAACAUAUUAGCAGUGGAUCGAAGAGGAGAGAUACAGGUGAAGCCAAGACUGCGGUGAGUAAUGACGGUAUUGGCCAAGCUGAAAAGCAAGACAAGGGCAAAGGCAGACCAGUUGGCGCCGAGCCCUUGUUUACGACUGCCAAGAGCGAAGAUAUUCCAGCCCAUGGAAGCGAUGAUAAUGUGUCCAUCUUGAGUGAAGAGCGUAUGUUCAAUGCGAAGAAGGAAGAGAUACAGAGUCAUAGUGCAGCCAAUCCACGAGAGGAUCAUGCUGUAUCUAGCGUGAGCGACAGUGAAGCUGGAGACACAACAAAGGCCCAGGCUACCGGAGACAAGGGCAAAGGCACAGCUGGAGAUGUGCCUAAUUAGCGCCUCCACUAGCGCCACCCCGAAAUAGCUCGCUAUUCACCGAGCUGGGGCCCCUCUACCACGGUUUACAAUGAAAUUCCUAGAUGUAUUGCGAAAUGAAUAGAAAGAUACCAAGCCUAUAAU